CGUCACCUGCCGGCAGGUAUUGUGGCCGUGCUGUUCUGCGGCAUCUGCCAGGCCCACUACACGUACAACAACCUCUCGGAUGAGGCGCGCGUCAGGACCAAGGACUUCUUCGAGAUGAUCAACUUCCUGGCGGAGAACUUCAUCUUCAGCUAUAUCGGAGUCUCGCUCUUCACAUUCCCCAAACAUCAGUGGGAUUUCGCCUUCAUCAGCUGCGCCUUUGUGUCGCUCUUCAUCGGGCGUCUGCUGAACGUGUACCCGCUGUCCUGGCUGCUCAACCUGAAGCGUAGGCCGGUCAUCCCGCUCAACUUCCAGCACAUGAUGUUCCUCUCCGACCAUCCUCACGCCACCUCCAUCAUCGUGGCCGUGACCGUCAUCUACGGCGGCCUCACUACCCAGCUGCUGCUCUGGCUGGGCAUAACCGGCGGCGGCUGA